AUGCGUCGUCAUCCAGUAUUGCUCACUGCCGCUGUCGCACUCCUCGCCAGCAACUUUAUGGUCACGUUUGCCAGCAAGUGCACGAUCGUCAAUCGCAUGCCAGAAACUGCCACUGCUGCUUCCUCACACGACUUGACAGAUGAUACUUCCGAUGCUGAGGCGACUCGUGGUUCCUCUACAGCAUCGACUACCGAUGCCGAUGAAGUUUCCCCUGACGACAAAGUCGACCGAUCGCUCGAAAAAGCUCCGACGGUUUCCACAAGUGACGGUGAAGCAGCUCCUGACACAAGCGCUAGUGGAUCUGGUUCACCUUCGAAAUCCACCAGGCCAACUUCAGCGACGUCGAAGGAUAACUCAAGCCUUUGCGCCAAGCCUCGCGUGGUCAUCACCGAAGUGGACGUGGGUGUCGCCAUUGACAGCAACGAAGACGAAGCUGCACUCAAGCUUGUGGCCAUUGCCGCGAUGCCGUCCGGUGGAUCACGCAUCGCUUUCCAUAGCAAAGACAAUGUCAUCGUGCGUGAACUCGAUGCCAACGACAAGCUUGUGAGCAGCAAAACCGCCAUCAAGGUCCCGAUGCACGACUUUGCAGACAUCCACGCCGACGAGGAUGGCUUUGUGAUUCUCGGCACGAGAGACGCCGAAGGAGGUGGCACCCUCAACUGUGGCAAUCCGAGCAAUCUGUGUGGUGCACCACUCGACCCGGCCAUGCCAUGCUACGACAUGUACUUGGCUCGCUACGAUGGUUCGAGUGAGAAGUGGGCGACGAAGCUGACAUCUUCUAGUGCAUCGCUGCCCCCUUACUCGUCGUCCAAGACGGGCAAAGACGUGUACAUGAUCUGGUGGUACGCGCACCACGGCCGCAUUGCAUUCGACGGCGCGAACUGGGCCACGUACUUCGGCGCCGCGGUCUCGACGUCUCAAGAUGGCUGCAUCAAUAUCCACCAAGGCGACCGCAUGAAAGUCGUGAGUCCGUCCGGUACCAUCACAGCGGACAAGGACUCGUUUGACUGGGGCUGCUCGCACUCGGCCUACGAGCGCAUCACGUACGACAACCGCACGAACAGCUACGCGACGAUCUGUAAGACGGACAGCAACAACCGCAUCAUGCCACCCAAGGACUGGGGCACGACCAUCUACCCGGUGGACCUCGGUGCUGCCAACCUCGGCGACAUCGUGCCGGACUCGGACCCGUCCAGCAAGAAGUACUGGGCGACAGUCAGCAAUGGCAAAGGCAACAACGCCAAAGUGCACCUGAUCCACUUUGCAAUGGACGCUGCGGCCAGUGGAGAUAUCACGUUGGGGGGCACGGACGCUAACGAGCGCGCACCGCAUUUGGCGGCUAUCGGCAAAGGUGGCAUGCUUGCCAUGUGGGAAGGCAGCUCUUCGGGCGGUGACCUGGUAGAAGGCAGUGGUCGUACAAUGUACGUGCAGGUGCUGGAUGGGAAGACCGGCAAAGCCAUUAGCCAGAAGGUCACGGUGGACAAGGCAGUGGUGGGCAACCGGUACCAGGCGCUCAAGACGUACCCGGACGGCAGCGUGGCGUACUUGUCAAAGGGUACAACGAGCACGUCGGUGCAGGUUGUCCGCUUCUUUGGUUGCUAA